GGCCGGAGUGAAAGCAUUGAGAGGGAGGAGGGAGAUGUGUGGAUGGAGUGAGGAGAGGGGGAUUUGGCAGUAGUGGGGCUUUGUAUCCGUUGCAGUCAUAAUUACCUAUAUCAGUCUAUUUAGUAGUUUAGGCUCAGCCUUCGCCAUACCUGUUGUUUGCACUCUGUCUCUGCCUCCGGAUCUGUUUCUCCCCCUGGCCCUCAGGAUGUCCUGACUGGUCCCUUACCCCGGGCUCAGGAGUUGUCACCUCCUGGGCUCUGGACCAUGAAAGCGGAGAGAGAGACUGAGCUGAUCCGGAGCCUGCUCCUUUCACCUGGGCUGAGAGAGCCAACGUUGUCCUGCAAGGGAGAGAGCAAGAUCCGCUGCUGGGGCACAAGUCAGACCCCCCAUGGCAUGGAGCUGAGAGCUGCUCUGGAAGUGGCCAGAGAUUACGAGAGAAAGUGACAGAAACAGUGACAGCUUUCUAUAGCGCUGCUGCCAAGCUCACCCUAAUUGAACACUUACCCAGGAUAGUGUCCGGACAUGGGACCACGGUGUCCGCUGUAAGUGAAACAAAAAAGAUUGGACCCCGAGUAUGGGGCCCCUGGUCCCAUUGCUCCUGGGGGCCCUGAUUUGGGUCUGUGUCUGGACAGAUGACCCCAGCAAAGUGAUAUCAGAUCGUUAUGCAGUCUACUGGAACAAGAGUAACCCCAGGUUUCAUCAUGGUGACUACACUGUGGAUGUGAGUAUCAACGAUUACCUGGAUAUUUACUGCCCCAAUUACGAGAUUCCACUCCCAGCAGACAGGAUGGAGCGUUAUAUACUCUAUAUGGUCAAUUUUGAAGGCCAUGCCUCUUGCGACCAUCGGCAGAAGGGGUUCAAAAGAUGGGAGUGCAACCGACCAGAUUCUCCCAAUGGACCAUUGAAGUUUUCAGAGAAAUUCCAGCUGUUUACGCCUUUCUCUCUGGGGUUCGAGUUUCGUCCUGGACAUGAGUACUAUUAUAUUUCAUCCACCCCUCCAAACUUGGUGGAUAAACCCUGCCUCAGGCUGAAAGUUUACGUACGUCCAACAAAUGAUUCUCUUUAUGAGUCUCCGGAGCCUAUCUUCACCAGCAAUAAUUCGGGCCUAAGUCUCAGGGUCCCCCACUCCAGCCUUGGUUUUCUUCUGUUUUGGACUAUCAUUGUCUUGUAGCUGUCUGAUGGCGAUUUGCAUAACAUCAGCGUAGACAAGAGGGAGAAAAUAGGAGCAAGAAAGAGACUGUCGGACACCUGGGAAUUUGGAAGAUUUAAAUGACAUACACACAGAAAGGAAGCAUAUGAAUGGAAUCCUCCUGAUAUGAACAAUCUCUAUUUCUAACUACGUUUAUGUGAGGGCAAAAAGCUGCUGAUUAAAUUGGGGCCCACAAGCGCAGGCUUACUGGAGUUUGGAGCUUUCCAGGAACUUGCUUUUUACAUUUUCAGACCAAAUGUAUAGUCUUUUUAUUUUGUAUUCUUAGUAUGUUUCCUGCAUUUGCACCAGUAGAACAUAAUUGUGGAGAUUUCUUGCCAAUAUGUAUGUAAUGGGUUUCGGCUCACUCUGACUGUUUACAUCUGACAUUUCCUCCCAUUCUCCUGUCAUGUUCCAUCCCAAUUUCUCUCCAAAGGUUUUGGAUUCAUUUUGUGAAAUAUUUUGUGGACGUGUGAGGUGCAAAUAUGAAGAGACCAAGAUUGGUAUUUAUGCCCCUUUUGUCUCUUAGACUAUGUACGGCAGCCAAGAGAGCGAUUGUUUGUCUUCUGUAAUGGGUUCCUAGUGAUUCUUUUCACUCGGACAGAAAAUCACACCUAAGAUCCUUAUAAUGUCAAUUUGCUUUGUAACAAUUCCGUUCUUUCAUUCUCUUCUUCAUGGUAACAUCACCUGAACAGCUAGCGCUAAAUAAUUAACCUUCCGCUGUGAAUCAGUUUAUUAAGCUCCUAAUCGAUGAAAUGUACCAUGUGAAGAGUAUUGAUCCAGACUUCAGAGUAUUGUUUCUCCACUGUAGAGUAUUUGUUCCCGGGAACUUACAUACAUUUGCAAGCACAUUGACAUCAGUAUUGUAAUUUAAGAUGCAUAAAGCAUUCUGUUAUUCUGUAACAAAAGUAUUCCUUUACACGUGGAUAGACGUCUGUAUCAGGGACACAGUAAUUGCCCAUUAGAAAAGGAGGGUGUUGUGUUUAAGGUUAGUUCAUUUGCCAUCAGAUGUGACUUAGAAUAGAUGAACCAUAGGUUUGACUACAGAACAUAUAGACAGUACUUACAUAUGGAAAUAUACAGUUGUAUGAGAAAAUAUAGAAAGAAAAACUACUUUUUAAUAAGCUGAAUUUAUCUGAAAGUCUGAGAUGAUGAAAAACUAUUUUCUUUAAAAUUAUAAAAAUAGAAUUUUAGUGCCAAUAUCUUUAAAAAAAUAUGUCCAAAUAUAACAUUUAUAUAAAUUGUUUAAUGGUGCUGCAAAAAAUUUUUAGAAUGUGAACAUGAGCAAAGUUUUAAAAAUAAUGCAUUUAAAAUAUAUUCAGCGGUUACCUGGUGAGUAACUAGAUUGCUGUAACGUACAAGAAUUCCAUGGUGCCUCCGCUUUUAGGUGGUGGCUUGUUAACGGUGACUUCUAACUUGCACUUAAGCUCUAUGUGCUGAUUUGUCUUCUCCAUUCUUCUCUACUCCGUCACCUUUUUAAUACAGCAAAAAAUAAAAAAAAAGUGGUGUUGUUUCUCAAGCUCCUACGCUCCAGUGGCAAAUAAAGACUUAAACUUUGUCUGUUUUAUUCUCCAUACGUAAUUCUUCCAUCUCAUAGCUGAGUAUCUGUCUGCCUGCUAUAGGUGCAAGUCUCAGACACUUCAUCCAUGUGUGUAAAUAGAGCCAGCAGGUUUACUGUGAUUUUCUAUGUAUUGCUGACAAUGAAUUUUAUGGAAGUUGUAUGAUUUAUAGACUAGGAAGCAAAAACUUGCAAUAAAAUACAUUUUAUCCAC